AUGCGUUCUGGCCCUCAGCUUUCUAUGUCUCAAGCCCAAGUUCUUAUUAAAACCAUUAGCAAGGCUAAUAUUGAUGAUGCUCUAAGGGAUAUUGAUGAGUCCAAGAGUUCUGGUCUUGAUCGCUUUAGCUCACACUUUUUUGUAGCAAAUUGGGAUAUUAUUAAGGAGGAUGUUUAUACGGCUAUUUUGCAUUUCUUUAAUGAUGGUGCUAUGUAUUCUCCUAUAAACAUUACUUCUAUUACUCUUGUACUGAAGAUUACUAAUGCCUCAAAGCCAAAGCAUUUUCGGCCAACCCCUUGUUGCUUUGUGCUUUACAAAAUUAUUGCUAAGAUUCUUAUGGUUAGACUCCAGACAGUGGUUGCUCAUCUUGUUGAUCCUGCUCAGUCCGGUUUUAUUCCUGGUAGACAAAGCUGUGAAAACAUUUUACUUGCUACUGAUCUUAUUCGAGGUUAUAAUUGGGCUAAUGCCAGUCCUCGUUGUAUGCUUAAAGUAGAUAUGGCAAAGGCAUAUGAUUCUGUUGAGUAG